CACCCCUUGCAGUAUGGUACCGCCCUCUUGUCCAGAGCAGCGAGUUCUUUACUCUUGGUUUGGUCUCGCGCUUAAAGGGGCCACAGCGUGCGCGCGCGUGUGAAAGAGAGUGCGCGAGACGGAGAAAGAGAGUGUGCGAAAGAGACAGCACGAGACUGCGGCUGCGCGUGAGACUGCAGGAGGAAGAGAGAGCGAGGAGGGGGAGCAGUAGCAGCCCGCCUGGUCCACUCUCUCUUCCUUCCAUGGAGUCUAGCACUUCCGACCACCUGUCUAUUGACGGCGAACCCCUCAUUGCAGAAAAUCCAACAGAAGCUGAUAGGAAGACUGAAUCAGAUAAUUUAAAAAUACUUUCAACAGAGAACACCAGCAUGGAGUUGGAGGAGGGUGUAUCAAAAAGCAGUGAGAUAGAUGGUAAGAAGGGGGAUAGUAAUUCAGGUCACCUAUCACCUAGGGUAGAACUUGUAGAGAAACAGGAAAAGGACAACCUGGAACCAGAGCAGGUUCAGGAUAAGCAGGAUGCAGCCUCACAAAACGAUGGCUCUCUUGAGGAUUCCCAAAAUAGUCAAGAAAGUGAUGGAGUAGAAAUCAUAGGCGAGACUACUAGCUCCAAUAAGCAUAGUGACCAAAACCAGGCCAAGAACUCUGAGAAAAAUGGUGACGGUGACACUAACUGCUUGCCAGAUGAAAAAACUGCUGGUGAACCUCCAGAGACACAGGCUGCGCCCCCACAGCCAAGCAAAACUGCACCAAGGAGAAUGAGGCUACGUCCUACCCUAAAACCUCGCACAACUACACCCAUUGUUUUGGAUCGUGGUGUCAACACUGGUACAGAGGUCUCCACAGAGGAUAAAGAUGCAUCCAAACGAGAGAGCCCAGUUCCACAAGGUCAUGGUGUUGAAAGUUCCUCCCAGACCCCUACAGAUGGCUCAAAUGAAAAGUUAACAGGAACUGAGACAGUAAAGGAGCAGAAGCGAAGUGAACGCGCACGCAGAUCAGAUUCCCUAAGGGCUGAGGGCUUGGCAUCAUCUGAGAGCAUGCAGAUUUCUGAUGAAGAUUCUGAUGCUAUGGUGGAUGAUCCAAAUGAUGAGGACUUUGUUCCUUUCCGUUCACGGCGUCCUCCGACACGUAUGUCUCUCCGGAACCAGGUGCCACCGCGCCCCCCACGUCCUUCUGUUACAAAGAUGUCCUGUGCCAACUGCCGAACUCCCUUGCAGAAAGGACAGACAGCAUAUCAGCGAAAGGGACUGCCCCAGCUUUUCUGCUCUUCAGCCUGUCUCACCACUUUCUCCAAGAGACCUCUGGGCAAGAAGCUUUGCACCUUUUGUAAGAAGGAAAUCAAAAAUUCCAAAGAUUCUGUGGUUGCACAGACUGGUCCUGGAGGAUCAUUCCAAGAAUUCUGUACUUCUGCCUGUCUUUCCCUGUUUGAAGCACAGCCAAGAUCAAGUUCACAGACCACCUCUUCGUCAGAUGUUCCUGAUAUCAUAAAGUGCAGCAUCUGCCACAAGAGUGGCGAUAUUCAACACGAAGUCAGUAAUGGGAAUGUGGUGCACAGAUUGUGCAGCGAUACCUGUUUCACAAAGUUUAGAGCCACCAAAGGCCUCAAAACAAACUGCUGUGACAAUUGUGGUAUUUACAUUUACAACAAGGGACUGCCACUGGAAUAUUUGUUCCAUGAAGGUCAGCAGAAACGCUUCUGUAAUGCAGCCUGUUUGACCAACUACAAAAAGAAAAACACAAAGGUUUUCCCGUGUAUGUAUUGCAAGACACUGUGUAAGAAUUUUGAGAUGCUUUCAAAUGUAGAUAAAAAUGGCCGCAUGGGCCUCUUCUGCUCCAUUUGUUGCAUUACUUCACACAAGGUCAAACAAGCUGGGCCAACCGGUCCUACACGGCCCUGCAGUCUCUGCAGACGCAACCUCUCUGAGCCAGCUUAUUACAAUAAGACAGACAGAGUCCUGUACCAGUUUUGCAGUCCUAGCUGCUGGACCAAAUUCCAGCGAACUAGUCCAGAAGGAGGUAUUCACCUUAACUGCCAUUAUUGCCAUAGCAUGUUUACAGGAAAACCAGAGAUCUUGGACUGGCAGGACCAUGUAUACCAGUUCUGCUGUAAAGAUUGCUGUGAUGAUUAUAAGCGUCUGCAUGGUGUGGUAUCGCAGUGUGAGUACUGCAAGCAAGAAAAGCUGCUUCAUGAAAAAAUACGCUUCUCAGGUGUUGAGAAAAACUUCUGCAGUGAAGGCUGUGUGCUGCUAUACAAACAGGACUUCACCAAGAACCUUGGUCUUUGCUGUAUCACUUGCACUUACUGCUCACAGACUUGCCAACGAGCCGUCACUGAAGAGCUAGAUGGCAGCACUUGGGAUUUCUGCAGUGAGGACUGCAAGAGCAAAUACCUUCUGUGGUAUUUUAAGGCAGCACGGUGUCAUGCCUGCAAGCGUCAGGGGAAAUUAGUGGAAACAAUUCACUGGCGUGGGGAAAUUAAACAUUUCUGCAAUCAACAAUGUCUACUACGCUUCUACAAUCAACAGAACCAGCCCAAUUUAGACACACAGAAAGGGCCAGAAAGUCUGCUACACAGUAAAAAAAGUCAGAGUUCUGGAUCAAAACCUUCAACAAAUGCCCAUCAAAAAGUAGAGACUAAUACGGUGAGAGGACAACGACCUGAUGGCAGGGGAGAAAAAGAAGGGAAAAGCCAAGAUUCCCCGAAAAACCGCUCAGCGCCUCUUUCUCCUGCCCCACCACCCCCUCCACCACCUGCCACACCUCGUAAAAACAAGGCUGCAAUGUGCAAACCUUUGAUGCAGAAUCGUGGUGUGUCCUGUAGAGUUGAGACAAGGAGCAAAGAUUGCCAGACAGAAGAGGAUUGGAGACCAAUGGUUAUAGUGCUGCCUGUCCCUGUGCCGAUAUUUGUGCCACUGCCAAUGCACUUAUACACUCAGAAAGUGCCUUUUCCAUUUACCAUGCCCUUUCCUGUGCCUGUGCCGAUGCUGCUGCCGACCACCUUAGAGAACACAGAUAAGAUUGUUGAGACCAUUGAAGAACUUAAAGUUAAAAUACCUUCCAAUCCCCUGGAGGCAGAUAUACUAGCUAUGGCUGAGAUGAUUGCAGAGGCUGAGGAGCUGGACAAGGCAUCUUCAGAUUUGUGUGAACUUGCUAGUGAUCAGAGUGCUGAAGGACUGCUAGAGGACUGUGACCUCUUUGGUCCAGCACGAGAUGAUGUUCUAGCCAUGGCUGCGAAAAUGGCAAAUGUACUUGAGGAACCUGGACAAGACUUUGAGGCGGACUUCCCAAAACACACACUAGACAUUAAUCAAAGUGUGGAUUUCCUCUUUGACUGUGGACUAGUGGGAACAGAUGAUGUGUCUGAACCAGAGGCUUCCCGAAUCUUACGAAAGGGUCCAAAGCGUAUGCUACUGUCAGAAAGAGAGAGCAGCUCCCGAGAUUCUCUAAGCAUACAGAGGAACAGCACCAGCCUUAGUUACACUUAUGGCGUAAAUGCAUGGAAAACCUGGGUGCAGAAAAAGUACGAAGGUGUUGAUCCUCACAAAGGAGAGGAGAUACGUUUUGGACCUAAGCCUAUGCGUAUAAAAGAGGACAUCUUAGCCUGUACAGCUGCAGAGCUAAAUUAUGGCCUAGCACAGUUUGUGAAGGAAAUAACACGACCUAAUGGAGAGAGAUACGAACCAGACAGUAUUUUCUACCUAUGUCUUGGCAUCCAGCAGUAUCUCCUGGAAAAUAGCCGAAUGGUGAACAUCUUUACAGACCUGUAUUAUCUAACAUUUGUGCAAGAGCUUAAUAAGAUACUGACAGUCUGGCAUCGAAGCCUCACACCGAACAGACUAUUGUAUUCUCGUGUGGAGGAAGAACAUCUGUGGGACUGUAAACAGCUAGGUGUUUACUCUCCUUUUGUGCUCCUCAAUACCCUCAUGUUCUUUAACACUAAAUUCUUUGGGCUUCAAACAGUAGAAGAUCACUUGCAACUGUCGUUCACCAAUGUUGUGCGGAAGUCCCGUAAAUGCACAACCAACAGGGGCACCAUGAAACUAGUCAGCGUCAAAUACUAUCCUCCAGUGCGACAUAAGAAAGGCAAAGAAAGCUCCACCAAGAGGAAACAUGAGGAGGACCAACCACUACUGGAGCAGCCUGAGAACAAGCUGAACCCUCUGCGUUGUCCAGUCAAAUUCUUUGAAUUUUACCUUUCCAAAUGCCCUGAGACUCUACGUAAUCGCACAGACGUCUUCUACUUGCAACCAGAACGCCUGUGUGUUGCUGAAUCACCCAUAUGGUACUCUCCUUUUGCCUUUGAUAAGAACAUGCUACAGAGUAUGCUGAACCGCAUCCUGGCUGUGAGAGAGGUUUAUGAGGAGCAGCAUUCACGAGAGGACAUUGUUGGAGAGGAUACAGACUGAGUGUUUGGGGGCGGUCCUCAUUAGCAAAUCCUUAUCCCUCCUGCUAUAGUUCCACCUGGAUUACUGCCUACUCCAGACUUAAAGCCUAUAUGGCAUUCAAGGGUAGUACUGUGUUGGAGAUAGACUUUGGCUUUAGUUUGCUAUAACCUUUGGGAUAUUAUUCUUUCCCCACUCCCCAUCAGUAAAUUCUCUUUGAAAUUUUGUUGUAAUGACCAGUUUUACCAUGUUCUCCUCUACUUGUGGGAUCAUAAGGACAAGAGGAGUCUGACUUUACAGCUGGUCUCCUCUGCACCCACAUAUCCAAGCUAUGUCUGAGAGUCUAAGUCUGAAGUGGGUUAGUGACAGUUGUUUUUGGUCAUGAUAAACCCUUUCAGUCCCAUACCAGAUUCUAUUUUUGUCUGCAUAAUACAAUCCUGCAUUCUCAAGAUGGUCACUCUUCAAGAAUUCAAAUAUAACACUUGCUGAUCCCUCUUAAGAAAAUAAUCACCUUACUGCCUUUUUUCUGUUACCAUAAUAUUGCCCAUUUAAAAAAACUAAAUGUCCUAUUUGUUUCAAUACCUGGUUAACACAAUCAUAGAGCCCAAGAAACGUCUGCACUUCCUGCUGCUUUGUGGCACUGUAAAGUUGUUGUUGACCAGCAGGUGUCCUUUUGUCUCCAUUUUCAAUUUAUUAUUUUUCAAAUGCUCAAGCCAGGUCUACUCCAGCAGUCUAGGAUCCUCUGCUCAUUGUGCAUAUGUCAAUUAAUCUCACCUAUCUGCUAAGAAAAAUGGGUAGAGCAUAUCUCUAUAUGUAGGUCUGGUCAAUGACACUUUGUGAGAAUUUUAGAUUGAAUAUUUUUUUUAACCUGUUGAUUGGUUUGGCUGCUUUUCAGACCUGUACAUACUGUUAAUGCGUGUGCCCUUAUGCGCCCGCCUAUUUUUCACACUCAUAUUGUGCCAUAUUCUGGCAGAGCCCUGUGUGUGAAACAUUCAUUGCUAAUAAAAUUGUUUUAAUUCAUGA